GCAUAAUCAACAUAAAUCGUUUCUGCGGUGUCGCCAUUUUUGUUUCAAAUUUACGAGAACAAAAAUAUUAUGUGGCCGCACAACGCGAACCUAAAUUCGGCUACAUCACUGGCUUGGCUCGGAAGGGAACAAGCCAGCAAGUCGAUUUAUGAGAACGGCAUAAUGUUUGGAGAGCAUGCUAAAAUGAGUAAUUUCGGACGGCAAAACAGUAUGUUGCUGAGUCCUACUACUCCGGACGAUGUAUUUUCAGAGGGAAAUUUACCAAGCAGAUCUAUUUCGUUAAAAUCUGAUGAAAGAUUUUGCAGCAGUCAUUCGACAGACAACGAAGAAGAUCAAAAAGAACAUCUUCAUUCGGAUGUCGAAUGUUCGUAUCCAAGUCGAGACGAUUCGGCCUGGAAUGAAAAGGUCUCGGAAAACACAUUCAAGUUAGGACUUCCAUUCGUUCAUCGAAGACAUAUUGAUGCCAAAUCGGUUUCACCUAUUCCAACAAAAAUGACUUUGUUUGAGCAUCCUAGAUCAUCUAGUGCACCAAAACAAGGGUUUCUAGAAACCAACAUGAAUGAUAGAAUACAGAACACGUCCUUUGUUAUGCAUAAUCGUGACGAAGUCACUUUUAAAGAAGGCUGGAAAGAAGUGAGAAAUGAUAGUAUAAAAGAUAAAGCCGAAAAUGAGGGAAUUCAGCACCACAGAAAAAAGCUGAAUUUUGGCAUCGAUAGUAUUUUGGGUGACGAUGUGUCAAAAAAUAAAGAAAAGCGGGAAGAUGAGUGCAAUGAAAGAAAACAAAUCAAAUUUAAUCGUUCUUUAUCCGCUGGAAAACCGCAAAAUUUAACUGAGCACGAAGACGACAACAGAUUUGGAAUACGUUUGCGUCAUUCUAUGUCUGGUAAAGAAGAAUGUAUACGUCCAAAAGACGAUUACAGAGUAGACAACAACAAUAAUAAAUGUGAUGAAAUAAGAGAUAUUUUUCGUGUUGCUCGAUCUGAAGACGGCACCACCAGAAAGGGCGACGAUACCUUGCAACAAAGCCACCAAGUGGCGAUGCAAAUGCUAAAACAAGCUCACGAGAGAAUGAGCUCAUUUGACAACAAACAAGCACAUCCAGGCGAUUUAUCAAGGCUUUAUUACGAAAGGCAAAUUCAAUUGUACUUGUAUAAACAAAGACUACUCAGUCAAUUACAAACAAACGGUGCAGCAAGAGAUCAAAGUUUAAACCUUCUGGAAAAAGUACCGCACGGCCUCCCACAAUUUCCACCUUCGUUUCUGCCAUAUUAUAUGAACCCAUACUUUCAUCACGCUUAUAACAAUUUACAAAAACGAUGCUCUACGGACUCGUCGGACUCCACAGAUGAAGCCAAAGAAAGGCGAAGAUCGACGGCUUUAGAUUAUCGCGAUGGUACCGAUAGAGAUCCGGAGCAGCGAGCCAGUUUACACUUAAACGGACUAGACCACAAAUAUCGGUCUCAUAUUGAUUCAAGUGUACAAUCUGGCGAAUUAUCGCCUAUACGGAAAUUCCCCUUUGGAAUUGGCAAUGAGUCUUUACCAAUACCAAGGAUCUCACCUCCCAGGGCGGAAAAUGCUCGCGAAAGCGACGAGCUCUCACUUCUUGAAAGACGACAAAAAGAAAUUGCAAAUCGAACAAAAUCAAAUUCGUUUCUGGAUUACUUGCGUCCUUCAAACUCUUCACGAUUACCGUUUCCAUUCAUGUCAGGUAUGAGACACAGAAGCGCUGAAGAAAAUAUUGAUUCUCAUCGUCAGAACAAGGAAAGGUUCGCGAGCUCUAUAGACCGUGAUGUUCCUAUUCCGAGACCUGUUGGUUUUGGUCCCCAAGGUCUUGGGACGAUGCCAUGGAACCAAAAUGCACUCCGCCAAAACAGGUCACCACUCGAUCAAUAUCCAUUAUCUUAUGGGAGUUCAAGUUUUCAACCACAAACAAUUGCCGGAAUCAAUACUUCGUCAAUCUCUGCCGUUCGUGGAAUCAAAUCGCCAAGUUUUUUGAGAAGUUUGUCACAACGAUUUGACGGCUGGGGAGCAGCGCAUGGUUCAUCGCGUCUAUCGAUGGGACAAGGAAAUCGCUUUGAACAUCAUCACGUUAGCAAUAAUUAUGAUGCCAGAAAUAUGACGGUAUCAGGAACUGGAAGAAAAAGAAGGAAGUGGAAUAGAGCUGUUUUCAGUCUCUUGCAAAGACAAGGUUUGGAGAAAAGUUUCGAAACUCAGAAAUAUGUGGCGAAAGCAGAACGAAGAAAGUUAGCUGAAGCACUUAACCUUACAGAUGCACAGGUCAAAAUUUGGUUUCAGAAUAGAAGAAUGAAAUGGAGACAAGAAAUUAAAAUGAAAGAUCGUGGUUUGGUCCCAACUAACAAUAGUAAUAAUCUGAAAAGAGAACCAUUCGCCAGCGACAAAGAUUCAGACGAUGAUGCGAUGGUGAUAGAUGACAGAGAUUGUGACGAAAAACAUGAAGGAAACGUUAUUAACGUAGAGUAAAGAAGUCUCAAGAAUACAAAAAUACGGAUUCAAGAUUGUGCCAUUUUGUAAAACUAUGUUCAAUAUGGCGCGGGAGUUGAAAUUUAGUUACAAAAGGACGAAAUAAGAGAAUUUCGACUGUAUCUAGAAUAAUAGAAGGUGAAUAUUUGGACAGUUUUAAUAAAAAAGCAGUCCUGACUGAGCUCACAUAACUGCUCCAAAGGAACAAUGCCAAAGUUCCGUCCCCUAGACUCGAGCUGAAAGUUAAUUCAUUGGUCUCUAAAUUGCAUCAUUAGCGGUCUGUCACUUUUUUGUUUUUAAAUUAAUUGUCUGCAGAAUGUUGGUAUAUCAAACAGCAACGUAAAACGAGAUAGUUUGUUGAAUAAUAGUUAACGAAGUUAGAAGGAAGUGAAGCAGGUACAACCCAUUCAUGUAAUAUGAUAUUUCAUGUCUACCUACUAGUUGGAAUAUUUACGAUGAUACCAACGAUAGCAUAGUUCUCGUAAUACGAGUAUUCAACUAUUACUGUGAUAAAAUAACCGCACAUUUAAUGCAAUUUUAUCGUUAUUCAGUCAAAAGCCCAUGCCAAAUUACAUUGACUUUUUAAAAGCUUAGUAUGAGAGAGUAAAAAAAUAUCAGCCGAAUAUUCUUUACCACGUAUGAGCCUGGUAAAUUAUAUUGAAGAUCACAUUACCAUAAUAUGUUAAAAAAUUUAAAAACUUUUUUAUAGCAUAUUAUUUGAAAUGUGAAAACAUAUCGUUAAAAUGAGAUAUGAUUUGUGAAAUGACAUUUGUUUUGAACACAAAUAUAUUUUAGCCCGUAAUUGCUAGGAAGUCUAACAAUAGAUAUGGCGAGUGACAGGUGGCAACCCUGCUCAUCAAUGGCUGCUAUGCAAACGUGAUACUCUUGCUAUCAAUUAUCUUUUCCUGAUACAUGGUUCCAUUUAACAAUUUUUUCUUUUUGUAGCGCUUAUGCUGUAUUCAACUUUAGCAUGAGCCUGUUUUCGUGUCAUUUUUCUAAUCAAAGAUAUACAAUUUCAUGGUCUAAUGCUAAAUAUGGGUGAAAUGAAUAGAAAUAGUCAAGUCAUUCACAAAGCAAUUUUUAGAGACCGAUCGUCUUACUGACUUGCACGGCGAAAUUCACCAAAAAAUGGAUUAAAUAUUUUUUUAAUGUAAUGAUCAGAAUUGGUAAUGCUAUCUACAACGAAUAGCAUAUCUAUACAUAUGCAAUUGUUCGGAUACGGCAGACGAAUCUGUCACAAUGAAUAAAAAGCCGGAAAUCUAUUCAAACUAUUCCACAAAGGUAAUAUGGUCUUUGAUGCAAUCACGCUAUUGUUCUCAUUGAGGUGAAUUGUUUUUAGAUGCUAAGUACCGAUUGAAUGUAUCACCAUUAAAAAUUAGUUUCUUUUUUUAUAUAUAUUUUUGAAAUGGCCCAGGCUGAACCUAGAAUGAAAUUAUGUUCUUGCUAUAUAAUGUAUGAUAUCAACGAAUGGUAAAACUGAUCAUGUAUAGACAAUAUCGUAUUAUGCAUAGUUUAUAUAAAUGGUGUUUCUGUUAAACAGAAACGCUUAAAUAACCAAGUAUUUUUGUGCUAAACUUUAUGUUUAGGAUCCAUUUAUAGCUCAAUUUCAACUAUGCCUAUAUCACCAUAUCAACAAGAUGAGGUCUUACUUACAAAGAAACUGUGCGAAGUUUUUUAAACUCUCAAUGAAAGUUCUGAACUAUCAUAAAAUGAAAAAAGUUCACUCAACUCCAACACAAGCCCCCGUCCGAUUCCCAGUUCUACCGGUACCCUGUUUUUUUUAUAAUGUCAUGAAUUCCCACGCGAACUUAUGUGAUGUGCACGUCCAAUAUUUUUCGUUGUCUGGUGCUGGCGAUAUAUUGCACUACUAUUUCGUAACAGUCAAAAAUAAAUGCGAUAUCGCGGUGGCUAUAAGUUUUUUUUAUUUGUGACAUUUUUGUCGUUACCUUGAUAUCGUCGCGCAUUCCAUAUUUGCACAAAAUUUUGGACCAGCUUAGGACUUAGGAAUCAAUUUCAGUGUGUAAAUAUUUCCUUCUUCAUAAAGCACGAAUUGACAGUUGUUUAAAUUGCAUUUAUAACAUUUUCAUGUAUCUGAAAUCAUGUGCCCUGUUCCAUUUUUUGGGUAAUUGACCGCGUUUUUUGUGCAUUUCAUUAUUUUAUUACAUUUUAAUUCAUUAUACUUUUUAAAAACUAUUGGUCAUUUGUUUUUGAAUAGAACCACAACGCAAAUUUGUUGCAAGCACUCUUGUCUUCGAUACAUUGUAUGAGUAGUGUAGUUGUAGAAAAACUACGUGUAACCUACAUAAUUGAUUUUUUACUUACCGAAUUCUGAUGAUAACCCUGCAAAGUUCAGUAAAUUUUAGACUUUUUUUUAUUUUUUCUUUAUUUUUGAUUGG